AUGAUCCCACGCACAGCACUCAAAACCAUAGGGAACCGUAUCCAGCAGCGCUGUCCCGCUUCUCUCCCAGUCCUUUCCCUCGCACCCAGACUCCAAGCCAUAGUCACCAAGGCACGCCAGGGUCCCUUCAUCUGCUGUCUGGGAUUCUACCUCCUCUCCACCUGUCUAUCAUGGCUCAUCACAACAAUACACUUCUCCUCUCAGUUACAUGUCCACACCCUCUCUUCUGAUAUCCUUCACGCAUACCCAACGACACCCUUGGCAAAUUCCACAAAACCAUACCAAUGGGCACUUCCGCCCACCAACCUCACCUCUUCCCCAUCUAUCCCCCCAAUCAUCCACCGCAUAUGGCGCGGUGACCUCACCAAACCCAUCCCCGAAGAAUAUAUCAACGCCAGCUCCUCCUGCCACAGCCAAAACCCCACAUACGAGCAAUACAUCUGGACUGACACAACAGCCCACCAGUUCAUUGAGACGUACUUCCCCUGGUUCGCACCCACAUACAACGAUCAUCUCCUCCCCAUGCAGCGUGUCGACGCGCUCCGGUAUUUCCUCCUCUGGCAUUACGGGGGCCUGUACUUGGACCCUGAGAUUGGGUGUCAGUGGCCGUUGGAUUCCUUGUUGAGCGAGGAGCAAGAGGACCAGGUGCUGCUGCCUCAGCACUGGCCGUACGGGGUCGGGAAUGAAUUCAUCGCGAGUAAGCCGAAUCAUCCGUUUGUGAUCAAGGUGGCGUUGAGUGUGCAUGAGCAUCGAUGGGGGUUUGUGCCGGCGUAUGUGACGGCUUUUGUGAGUGCCGGGGCGAUGUUGGUGAGCCGGGUGCUGGGCGUAUGGUUGUCCGCUGUUGGGGGUGGAGUAGGCAUUGUGCCCCGGAGCAUGUUUCAGGGGACUGAAAAGGCGUUCUUUAUGCGGUUUGUCGAGGAGAGACCGCGUGGGGAUGAGGUUGCGGUGGCGGAGUGGUUUUUCGGGAAUUGGAUAGGUUGGUGUGCGGCUGGGGUUGCGCUUGGGGUGAUGGGGAUGGUGGUGUUUGGGGUGAGAAGGGAGCCGAAGGUGCGGAGGGAUAGGGUGUUUACUGUGGUAUUGACAGCGUAA